UUCCGCGGACGCGCAAGCGUGAGCGCGCACCCCGAUCUGGCGUCUUUUUUCACUGCCAUAAGUAGGAGGAGAGUGUCCGGAUGCUCGGCACAUCAUCUUGGAGAGCGGACCACCGGGUUGUUGCUUCUGUUUCUGCUUCUGCUGCUGCGCGGCGUAUCUGUCCCACCUGAAGCCUUAUGACCCAACUGCCGCUUAAAUCCGAGACGAAAUCAAAGGAAAACGACAAACCAACGUAAACAGGUGGCGCCGUGUUGGAGAGAAAAUGGCACUCCACUGGAGUCUGCUGCUGGUGUUCCUGUUUACCAUCCUGGCUCUGUCACAAGGUACUGAUCCUGCUGCUCCACAUGGCAAGAGGAGAAAGGCACAAACCGCAGCAGGUAGCAGUAAUGCCCUACAGUACCCUGGUCAAGUUCUGCAGAGCCAAAGCCAUGGCAGGGAUCGCAGGGGGCACGGCAGCCAGAGGAGCCGCUAUGCUAAAGGCGAAGCUGGAAUCCUCUCUCACAGGGGCCUGCAUCCUCUGCCCAGGCUUGGUGAUGAGGAGACAGGCCUGGAGGGCCUGAACCCAGUGAGAGUUGAAAUGGGCCCAAGCAGGGACAGAGCUCGACAGAGUGCGAAGAGCUCAUCCCAAAACCAGGAAAGCAAGAACCAGGAAAACCAGCUAGUAGGAACACGCAAGGUAAGGGGCCACGGGAAUGGACACAGGCACCUUUUCGAGAACAAGAAGCAAGGGAGUCGACGAGACAAGGUGCGACACAAAAAAGGGUUUCCCUCAGGGCCUGAGGCCAGCUCUGCGUUCAAGGACAGAGACCAAUUCGAGGAUCCUCCCCCUUCUUCAUCCUCACCAUCUACCUCCCCCUUCCUUGGCGUGACCCCACCCAGUGAACCCCCCUCCCCCAUUGACAGCCUCUUUGACUCUGACUCCUCCAUGGUUACCACAGCGACGAACGAGCAUCCCCCAACGCGUCCCCCUGGCUCUGCCAAACCCCAGUUUGACUUUCAGAAGUCUGGACAAGGUCAAGGAGAGGUGAUGCCAACGUUGGACAUGACGCUCUUUGACUGGACAGAUUAUGAAGAUAUGAAGCCUGUGGAUUCCUGGCCAUCUUCCAGAAAGAAAGACAAGAGACGGAGUAAAAACCUCAGCAGUGGAAAUUUGACAGCAGAUGUGGAUGCAAUUGAGCCAUGUGACCACCAUCUGGACUGUCUUCCAGGUUCCUGUUGUGACCUGAGACAGCAUGAGUGCAAACCUCACAACAGGGGCCUGAACAACAAAUGUUACGAUGAUUGCAUGUGUGAGGAAGGAUUUCGUUGUUAUGCUAAAUUUCAUCGGAAGAGACGUGUGACCAGGAGGAGGGGCCGGUGCGUCGUCCCAGAGUCAGUCAGCAAUGACCACGGAGGCUUCAUCACCAUAUGAAGAUGAGAGAGGAAUCAGCAUGGAGAAGAAACAUGUGACUACAUCAAUACAACAGGACAGCCAUGACACUUCUAAAGAACUAAGUGCUUAAAGAUGAUCCCUUGCUGUGUUUUUUUUUAAUUUUUUUUAAAUCAGAUCAAUCUGCAAAUGUUAGCUGAUUGGACAAAAAUAUCUGGGCCUUUAUAUCACAGUAGCAACUAAUUAAAAAUCCUUUAAUGCUUCAUUAUGGGAUAAUCUGUGUGCCCUGUCCCAGCUAGUCAGCAUCUUUAAGCACCUGGUUUUACCCUAAAAAAAUAUUUUAAAAAGGUUUCUACAAGACUCUUUACAUAAUGUACCAAGCCCACUGGUUGUUUGAAAACGUGUUGCUGUUUUCAUGUCAUUUGAUUGAUCAAAUUCAAUCUGAUUCACCAAGUUAAAUUAGUAAUUGUCACAGCUUUUAGAUGUUGAUUGACUUUGGUGUUGUCUGUCAUGCAAAAUUUGAGUUUGUUUUUAAUUUUAGCAACAAUCCUAUACUGAAUCCAAUUGGCUUAUCUCUUGAUAUAUCUUUACAAUACCGGUUUAAUUUCUUUAGAGUUCCACAUCUGCAAGUUGGAUUACUUUAAACCCAAUAAGCAAUCACUCACUGGAAUACGUUUUAAAAAUCUGGUGUGUUUUUUGUUUUUCUUUACUUUUAGCUUGUGGCCAGCACGUUGAGCAGGUUCACCAUGUUAGUCAUAAAUACUAUUUCAAUUGCUCUGAUACAUGAAUAUAAGGCUGAUCUAAAUCCCAAGAACAUUCUUAAAAAUGAUGCCACAGCUCAAAGUUUCCUAAUGGUACUUGAAUAAACAAUAAUACCGUUUUACUUUUCAGUCUACUGUCAUCCAUGUCCUAAUAUUUGUUUUGUAUUUAUUCUGUAUUUGCAUAUAUUUGUCUAUAAUUUCUGGUUUUCGCUUUUCGUGAUUAAACAGUUGCUAAGAAA